AUGAUACCAAAUAUCUCCAGAUUCAUUAAUUAUUUAAUGAUAAAUAGGUCACAUAAGGUCCUUACAGUUGGUAAGAAGGCUGUGGGGUGUAAAUGGGUAUAUACCCCGAAAUUCAAUAUAGAUGGGUCGCUUGAAAGAUAUAAGGCAUGAUUGGUCGCAAAAGGCUAUACUCAAUCAUAUGGGAUUGACUAUCUCGAGACCUUUGCUCCAGUUUUUAAGGUUAACAUCGUGAGAAUAUUGAUUUCUCUGGCAGCUAAGUUGAAUUGGGAAAUACAUCAAUUUGAUAUCAAAAAUACAUUUCUACAUGGAGAACUGGAAGAAGUCUACAUGACUAUACCCCCAGGAUAUCUACUAUUCAAUCAAUCAGGAGUGGCUUGUAGACUAAAUAAAGCCCUCUAUGGUCUCAAACAGUCUCCUCGAGCUUGGUUUGAGAGGUUCACCAAGACAAUGAAAAGUCAAGGAUAUAAACAGAAUAAUGCAGAUCAUACUUUGUUCAUCAAACAUAAUUCGUGUGGAUGUAUGACUAUAUUAAUUAUAUAUGUCAAUGAUAUAUUGUUCACAGGUGAUGACAAAAAUGAAAUCCAAAAUUUGAGUUAAAACCUCUUACAAGAGUUUGAUAUUAAGUCUCUUGGGAGAUUAAGGUAUUUUCUUGGUAUUGAGGUGGCACACUUGAAAGAAGGUAUCUUUAUUUCUCAACAUAAAUAUACUGUUAAUCUCCUUCAAGAAACUGGACAACUUGCUUGUAAACCAACAGUCACACUAGUGGAUAUAAAUGUGAAACUUGGAGCAGGAGGUGACAGUCCUCCAAUAAAUGAGGGUUCCUUCCAAAGGUUGAUUAAAAAAUUGAUUUAUCUGAAUCAUACCAGACAAGAUGUGGCAUGUUGUGAGUUCCUUGAGUCAAUUCAUAAAUGACCCAAGAGAAAUUCACUUAUAGGCAGCAUAUCGUAUUCUAGAAUAUUUGAAGAAUGCUGUAGGACAAGGCCUAUUAUUUUCACGAGGUGGUGAUAGUACUGUAUAUAUACAGACACAGGUUAUGUAGGAUCAGUAAGUGACAAGAGGUCGACAUCUGGAUGUUGUUCCUUCAUCGGUGGAAAUCUAGUCUCAUGGAGAAGUAAGAAGAAAAAUGUGGUGUCUAGAUCUAGUGCAGGAGCUAAGUUUAGAGUUAUGGCUCAAGGUAUAUGUAAAGCAAUAGAGAUAAAAAUACUAAUUGAAGAUCUACAUCUGUAUUCUCAAGGUUGUAUCAAGUUGUACCAUGACAAUCAAUCAGCUAUCGCCAUUGCCCCUAAUCCAGUCCAGCAUGAUAGGACAAAGCAUAUUGAAUUAGAUCACCAUUUUAUCAAGGAAAAUAUUAAAGAAGGGAUGAUAAACUUGUUGUUUAUCAAUUCUUUUAAUCAAGUGGCAGAUAUAUUCAUCAAAGGGGCUGCCAGGACCAACUCUACAGAAGCUUGUAUUCAAGUUGGGCAUGUCUAA